AUGUACCUCCUCCAAUCUCUGUUCAUACUCCUCAUUUUGCGACAAAUAGUAGCUAAUCGUCGCGUGAUACCCAUGGAACAUCCGCCGGAUCUACUCUCCGAUAAUCCAUUCUUGAAUUCACAAGCUAGUAUGGUUCCAAUACCCGAAUGGACACCACCCUCAACCACUCUUAAUCCAUUUUUCGGCGAAAAUCCACUACCGCCGCCCUAUUUCCCACUAAAAAUCGAAGGUGACAACAAGGAGCAAUAUAAGUUGCCUGGGCUGCCGACGGCAGCAAUUGCUGCUCCACCAGCGCCGUUUGUAUUUCCACCAACGUUUAUACUUCCUGUUCCAAGUAUUCCACCUCCCAUACCUGUCACAUUUCCAUCAAUCGUUACGAAUCCAACAGGAAGCACUUUGGAACCGAUCAAUAUCGAUCCAGAGGCUAUUAUGAAUGUGCCUGAAAUAAUCCAACAUUGGGGUUAUCCAGUUGAAGAACAUCAAGUGGUAACCUCAGAUGGCUACAUACUCACCCUUCAUCGAAUUCCAUGUGGAAAAAAAAACUCGAAUUCAACAGCGAUUCGACCAGUAGUAUUCCUACAACAUGGUCUACUUUGCACCAGUUCGAUUUGGUUGCUCAAUUUACCCCAUCAAUCUGCUGGCUUCGUCUUCGCUGAUCAAGGUUUCGAUGUGUGGCUGGGGAAUAUGCGAGGGAAUGUCUACUCUAAGCAGCAUGUCACCUUAAGCAGUGAUUCGAAUGAUUUCUGGAAAUUCAGUUGGGAAGAAAUGGCCGAGUAUGAUCUACCGGCGAUGAUCGAUUACGUUCUUAACGAAACUGAUCAAUCCUCUUUGUAUUACGUUGGACAUUCGCAGGGAACGUUGACGAUGUUGGCGAAACUCAGCGAGGAUCAAAAAUUUGCUUCAAAGAUUCGAAAGUUCUUCUCAUUGGCACCAGUAUCCAGGAUGUCCCAUGUUAAAGGACUUUUCUUCUACCUUGGAGAGAUCUAUGAACAAUUCAACCUCGUCUAUCGACUUUUUGGCGACAACGAAUUCCUUUCAAACAAUAUUUUCACAAGAUUAUUGACAAACAUCAUCUGCGAUAAAUCCGUAAAUAAUCCAUUAUGUGAAAAUUUCAUUUUCUCCGUGAGCGGUCCAAAUAGUAAUCAAUUUAAUUCGUCAAGGAUCGGGAUCUAUCUUGCGCAUAAUCCAGCUGGGACCUCGUCGAGAAAUAUGCUUCAUUUUGCGCAAAUGGUGCACAAUAAGCGAAUAGAGUCGUUUGAUCGAGGGAAAGAGGCGAAUAUUCGAAGUUAUGGAAAGAGUGUUCCACCACAAUACAACUUAACAAAAGUUCAUUGUGACAUCUAUCUCUUCUAUUCGGAUUAUGAUUGGUUGGCAAGCGCUGCGGACGUGGAACAGUUCCUUAUUCCCACGCUGCCAAGGGAAUCAGUCAAAUUUGCCAGAAAGUUAGACGAAUUCAAUCACAAUGAUUUCUUAUGGGGAUUACGCGCUCGAAAGGAAAUCUACGACCCAAUCACAAACAUAAUAAAAGUCGAUUUUCGGCGGUUAUCGAUCCAACAUAACAUGAACUCAUAUUUCAAAAGCUACCCUCAUCCAAUCAAGACGCUCAACGAUGUUUCGGAUAAAAUAAACGUCAGUAGUAUAGAACUAGACUAG